UGCAGCCUUUUGUACAUCUGUGCAUUGCUGAAAGAACUCUGUUCAUGCUUGUUACUGUGUCCGCAGUCUCUAGUCAUCCCCUGUACUGUGUCCGCAGUCUCUAGUCAUCCCCUGUACUGUGUACGCAGUCUCUGGUCAUCCCCCUGUACUGUGUCCGCAGUCUCUGGUCAUCCCCUUGUACCGUGUCCGCAGUCUCUGGUCAUCUCCUGUACUGUGUCCGCAGUCUCUGGUCAUCUCCUGUACUGUGUUCGCAGUCUCUGGUCAUCUCCUGUACUGUCCGCAGUCUCUGGUCAUCUCCUGUGCUAUGUCCGCAGUCUCUGGUCAUCCCCUGUACUAUGUCCGCAGUCUCUGGUCAUCCCCCUGUACUAUGUCCGCAGUCUCUGGUCAUCCCCUGUACUAUGUCCGCAGUCUCUGGUCAUCUCCUGUACUAUGUCCGCAGUCUCUGGUCAUCUCCUGUACUAUGUCUGCAGUCUCUGGUCAUCUCCUGUACCGUGUCUGCAGUCUCUGGUCCAUCCCCUGUACUAUAUCCGCAGUCUCUGGUCAUCUCCUGUACCGUGUCCGCAGUCUCUGGUCGUCUCCUGUACUAUGUCUGCAGUCUCUGGUCAUCUCCUG